AUGGCUCGACCUACCGGCCUCAUCGCCUCCAAAGGCAUUGAGCUCCUCAGCUGGGGCACACCCAACGGCCUCAAAGCCCAGAUCCUUCUCGAAGAGCUCCGCGAUGCAUAUGGAAUGGACUACACCAUCCAGGGCAUCAACAUCAGUGACAAGGCCCAGAAGGAGCCCUGGUUCACUGCCAUUAAUCCCAAUGGUCGUAUUCCCGUGCUCGUCGACCAUGACAACAAUGAUCUCGCUGUCUUUGAAGGAAAUGCCAUUCUGAGCUACCUGACAAGAAAGUACGACCCCGAGAAUAAGUUCUCGUUCAAGAUUGAUGACGAUGACUAUACCCGUGCUGAGUCGUGGAUUGGGUGGCAACACGGUGGUGUUGGGCCAAUGCAAGGCCAAGCAAACCACUUCCUCGAUGCUGAGCCAACAAUGCCGUACGGUAUCCAGCGUUACGUCGGCGAGACAGAGCGUCUAUACGGCAUCCUCGACAAGCGCCUCUCAGAGCGAGACUAUGUAGUUGGUCCCGGCAGAGGCCGCUUCUCCAUCGCGGACAUCGCCCUGAUCGGCUGGACAAACCGUCUACCAAACGGCACCAUCCCAUGGGAGCAGUUCCCCAACGUCAAAGCCUGGUUUGCCCGUCUUCUCGAGAGACCUGCUGUGAGACGCGGUAUGCUACUCCCAACCAACAAGGAGAAGCCGACGGGGCUGGAUCCUGUGGACGAAGAGACGAGGAAGAAUCGUGCAGAGCUUAAGAAGACCGUUGAUAAAGCUAAGGAGCAAUUUGGAUACAAGUAUUACUCGCCAUAA